AAGAAUCAACUGAAGAAAGCAAGUAACAACAACUUGGCCCAUGGACAUGGGCAUGAACAUGGUCAUAGUAAAAUGGAACUUCCAGAUUAUAAACAACAGAAGAUAGAAGGGACACCAUUAGAAACUGUCCAGGAGAAGCUGGCUGCACAAGGGCUAAGGGAUCCAUGGGGCCGCAGUGAAGCUUCGAGAUACACAGGUGGCUUUGCAAAUAAUGUUUCCUUUGUUGGUGUAUUAUUAAAAGGAUUCAAAUGGGGAUUUGCUGCACUUGUGGUAGCUGUAGGGGCUGAAUAUUACCUGGAGUCCCGCAAAAAGAGGCAUCACUGA